AUGUGCCUUUACACCUACCACCACUACCCCAGCUGCGGCCACAUCGCCAGCUGGUCCAUCGAUAGCUGCAUCGGCUUCACCAAGGGCCUGCGAGGACUUGCUGCGUUAAAGCCAAACAGCACCCAGAAGUACUGCUGUAGUUCGAUCCGGGAGACGCACGACCUGCUUGCCUUCUCCGCCCAGUCUCCAUGCCAGCAAUGCGAAUCUAACCGACUCAAGGGCCUGAUCCCAAACGCAUAUGGCCAGCCAUCUGACUGGGCCAAGCCCUAUCUCGCCAUCGAAGGUUUGACAGCCACUUCGCCCAUUGUGGACCUCCGAGUCAAAAUGAUAAUUCCACAGGAAAAGCGAUUCAACGGUGAAGUAGGAGGAAGCUCCCUGCAGAGCGGCGUGGACACAGCAAGCGAGGCGUGUGAUCCCGUGAGCCCUGUUUGUUCGACCUUCUCACCUCCGCCUAAGCGAGGCAACUCUUCUAACAUUCUCUUCACAGUCCCCCCUCCUCGAAAAGAAGUUCCUUCAAUCUUCUCCCAUCCAGUAAGGCCAGGUCACUCUUCUAACAUUCUCUUUGCAGCUAAUCCUUCUCGGCAAAAAGUCACUUCAACCUUCUCCCGUCCACCCCAGCCAGCCAGCUCCUCUAACAUCCUCUUCGCAGCCAACCCUCCUCGCCCUCAAGAAGACCACGAAGACGGCCUCUCUGAGCUGGGUCGCCAGGUGGUGAGGUCAAUUUUUGAGGAUGAUAGCCAUGAAGAGGAUGAAGGAGAAGAAGAAGCAGAAGAAGAAGAAGAAGAAGAAGAAUUGAUGCCCGGUAAGCGCUUCAACCAGCCUGAAUCCAUUACUAACCAGCGACAAGCCCGCCCAGUGACCUUCCUGGACUCUAGCUCUCACGGAAGCUCCUCAACAUACUCAGAAGACACCGAUGAAGGAAGGCAGGUUACCCAACAGCGUAUUCGGCUUGUGUCACCCCCGCCUCCAUACCCGCGUGCUUCGCACUCUUCCUCUUCUUCUUCUUCCUCGGCCACCACUACAGAACGCAAUCUACGCACUCCCAACCUCCCAGACAACGAGUCGGAGCUCUUCGCCUCCUUCGGUAUCUACGACUACAUCCAGGACUUUCGAGACGUCUCUGAUUUCUAUCGCGGAACCGGACCUCGCAACCUAGGCACUAGUACAGCUAGAAUUGGCGCCCGACGUGCGCGUCUCCCCGACCACGACGAUGACGAAGAGUUCCAUCCUAAUCUCUGCCCGGCGCCCCUGUCACUGCCGCAGGUGUCUGCGCGCAUGACGGCUUUCGCUGACUUCCAGAACGCCCAGACCCCGCUGUACCGCUCUCCCGGCGAAUCGCCUGCUCGUAACGGAGUUUAUUGGGCAUCGCAGCAUGUCUCAAUGUUUGAAUCACCCAGGGUGAAAGCGUUACUUGCCCGGCUGCCUAGACUUUAUACGGAUCUUUUUUGAUUUUUUUUUGCCUUUUGGAUAUUUCCUUGCUUUCUUCCUCUUUCUGUUUGAUUUUGACUGACUUUGAAGUUGAUAGUUAGUAUAUAUUGCGUUGCUACCCGGAGUGUUGAAUACAAAUUGAAAAUGAUUGGAUGAUUCUUUUCAAAUAACAGUAGCAUGGUACAGGACGAACUUAUCUCAUGUUGAAAUUAUCGAUGCGAAUAUGCUGUAACAAAUCCUAUCAAAAUGCUGGUUGAGCAGCAACGCCAGUAGGGUUGAACCGUUGAAUCUAACGUUGACAGUGUUGAACUGGUUGCCUCCGUGUUGAAUUGAUUACCAGAUCCCAAAAGUG